CUUUGGGUCGUGAGGAUAACACUUUGAUCAUGGGUUUAGCGAUGGUUCUUGUGCUGCAUGGGAUGCAACUCGCCUCCCUACCACCCGGUGUCCCCAUCUCGUCAAGAAGAGACUGUGUGUCUAGAUGUUAUCGUCAGGGGACCUGUACCUCCGUCGUCUAUGAUGGUAGCACCAAGAAAUGUCAUCUUUCCACUGAAGUAUAUUUUGAACGUGACUUGACGAGCACCCCAAACAACAUGCAGUAUCUUGUAUGGAGACGAGAUGACUGCGACAAGGGCUACACGUGGUACCGAAGCCUAGGCCUCUGCUACAAGAUCUACACCUCAAUGAAAACCUGGUUCCAAGCCAACCAUACAUGCCAUCAAGACGGCGGACAUCUCAUCAAAGUGGACAGUGCUGGCAUCAAUGCAUUGAUGAACAGGAUAUCCGAUUCACACUCUGUCAGUAUCUGGCUGGGUGGUUUUCAAGAUGAUCUCAAUGGAAAGUGGACAUGGCCAGAUGGAAAUGUCAUCAAUCCAGCCUACUGGGACAACACUCAAGGAAACUCAGUCACAGAGAAGUGUACAACAGUUUACACAUCUUAUAAACACGAGAUACGGAGAUGGCAUGAUUUCCUCUGUACAUCUAUUAAUGUUCCCAUGUUUGUGUGCCAGCUCCCUCUGAAGGAAGAGCCUUACUGUUGACAAUGGGUAAUAACACAACUGCUAUCAGCGACAUAUGCUCAAAUAUGAUGCUGCAAACGUCAAACCUAACAAAUCCACUAUCAUGUAACUUUUCAUAUCCUCGGUAUUCACUGAUUGGGUUGAUCCAAUGUCAGUUACGUCUGUCUCUUUCGCAAAGCGUAUGGCUCGACUUCGUCUGUCAGGACGACAAACCUUUCCUGGACCUCCUCGAAUAGUCAAUGCUGACUCCGAGAGGCAUAACAUCCUUAAAUUGUCAUGGCAAGCAAUGACCCCAGAUUUUCUGCCACUGAACACGUUUUUGACAAGCAAGGGAGGCGUGUCAAUUAGCGUGAUAGGAUGUCGAGCACGUUGUCUAAACUUGACCACGCAUCGAAGGUGAAAUGGGAACAUGCUAUCUCAAAUCCCCUUUGGUAGGUUCAUACGCAAUAUUCCUC